AUGUCCUCGACAACUGCAAACAUACUAGACGUGGGCGGGAAGGUGGUGUUUGAUGAUAGUAUAGAGAGUAUCGAAUUCCAUCCGUACACUCCAUACAAUGAUUCGUACAAAAACAAUGACGCAAUACACAUUUGCAUUAACCGUCAGGACUUGAUCGUCUUACCGAGUCAGAGUCAACUUUUAAUCGAAGGCAAUACGAAGGAGUGUCUCCUGGUGAAUAACGCACCCGCCUUUCUAUUUCAAGACAUUCGUUACGAGUUGAACGGGGUGGAGAUUGAUCGAACCAGGGAUUGCGGUAUAACCUCCACCAUGAAAGGUCUCGUAUCAUACAGCAAAGAUAUGGACUUUGCACUCGAGAACGCCGGAUGGUGUGUGGGCGCUAAAAAGGAGCACAGCGAGUUUAGUUUCACCAUACCUUUAUCACAUUUGUUGGGAUUUGCGGAAGACUAUAAGAAAGUUAUAAUGAACGCGAAACAUGAGUUGAUAAUUAAUCGUGCCACAACAGAUCUUAACGCUAUAGAAUGCAAGGAUGUCGCCAAGAAACCCGAGGUCGAGAUAACGCGUGUUAUAUGGCGGAUGCCGGUGUUAAAAGUAUCCGAUAAGGAGAAGUUGCGUUUGAUGAGUUACAUGGAAGCCGACUUUGAGACAAACAGCUAUCCAUUGCUGUUUGACGCUUUCUCCAAUUUCCAAAUGGCGUACUACAAUCGUGAAUAUAGCAGCCCUCAACUCAACCGCGCUCACUACAAGACUCAAUCACCAUUGAUUGUUAUUGACACAUCGAGACAGCCCGACAGCUACAGCUCGGGAGGUGGGGCUGUAGAUAUCAAAGUUGAAAUGGAAUUCAAAAAGAACGUACCGGCGAACACCGCUGCCUACUGUUUAGUCAUCAAUGACACACUCUUCGAGUACAACAUGUUGACUAAUACCACCCGUAAAUUAAUUCAGUAA